AUGUCGAGGCCACAGCCUGAUCCGCAACCGCCAGCGGGGCAGGUCCCUGCAGCAGGUCCCAUGCCACACAUCAACGACAUCCUCACUCCCAGAGAACGCCAGACGCGAGACCUGGCCAUCUACAUGAACAUUGUGUUCAACCACUACUGGACCGGCCAUAUUAACGACUUCCUUGCCUUCCGAGAGUAUUUUCUCCAGCGUUUAGAGCCCAUAUAUUUCAACAUCCCAGUGUGGCAUUUCCCCAGGCCAAAUGUCACAACCCUUCUCCCCAUGUUCAUUGGCGCCAUGCAGGGCACCCCGUUCCUCCAGCAGUCGUUGAAGCUAAGUGCCAGUGGAGGCGGGUCGGCAGGCGCCGAGGCUGCCAGACAACAGGUCGUGGCCUCUACCGCCGACCUCCUGACCACCGGCUUCAGAUUCGUCAAGAUCCUCGGCUACGGCGGCCUCGGCGUGACCGCUCUCUUCGAGACGACGGACGAGUACGGCUUGACGCACAAAGUCGUGGCCAAGGUCUCGCUAGACCCAGACAACGAUCUCGAGGGUGAAAAGGAGAACCACCGGGCUCUCAAGCGGUGUCUGCACAUCACGGAAGAACUCAAGGCGGUCUGGUACGACUCGAUAAACCCACUGGACAGGCACAAGAAGGAGAGGAUCGACGAGGGGAACGAGAUCCUCCUCAUCGAGUUCAUGAAGAAUGGCGAUCUCCGGGGCGUUCUCGAAAAGCUCGGCACCCACCGGGUGAAACUGUGCAACAGGCUCUUGUGGACGAUCUUCCGAAGCCUUUUCAAGGCCGCCCUCGCAAUGGCCUGGGGAGGCCAGCAGGAUAUCCCCAGGUCUAAUAUCUUGUGGGAUGAGACAGUUGGCUCCCUGGAGUACGACGAUCCUCAGUCCGGCUGGUCUUGGAUUCACCUGGACCUCGACCCCAAGAAUGUCCUUGUUGGCGAUCUCGAUAAGGGACAUUUUACUGCCCCAACCCCGGGGGCAAGGCCGGACUACAUGCUAUUCCCUAUCGUCAAGGAGCAAACGUCACUGGAGUGGGAGUACCUGGACGACCAGCUCUGGCAGAGACGGGAUGAGCUCCCCAUCUCAGCACCGGGCGACUUCGGUCGCUGGACCAACCUCUGGCAGGUCGGGAUGAUCAUGUGGUCCAUCGUAACAGGGUGUGAUCCCCUGCACCCGCCCCAGCUCAGGAGAUACCUCUUCAACGGGGCCGACGCGUACAGCUACGGAGUCUCGCUCAUCGGCAAUCAAGAAUUUGCCGACGUGGAUGCGACUUUGCUGCAUUUGAUCGUCAAGUGUCUGGACCACGACCCCAGGGCGCGCCCAGAAUUCACACUCCUCGAGCAGAUGAUUACAGCCGCGCUCGGCGACCCCGAUGGCGAGAAGUGGAAAGACUCACCACAGGGGGACGAGGAGCUGCAGCGCUUCGUGCACUGGCUCUUCAACGAGCCAAAGGACGCGCCCCCUCCCGACAUCAGCGGCCAGAGAGCGCCGGCAUGGCCGCGAAACCCGCCUGCCACACACUCUCCGCCUGCCGCACAAUCUCUGCCUGACACCCAAACUCUGCCUGUCGCCGCCGCCGCCGCGCAAGCGUCGCCGUCGUACGCCGCAACCUUCUCUACCGCCCCGGCUAGAAGCGAUUCAAGAUCGGUCUUUGCCCCUCCAGCCUUUGUGGCCCUUGAGGCUGCUAAUGCCCAGGCUUUGGCGUCGGACAGCACGAAAGUCGCUGGCGCUGCCACUUCCAACUGGGUGUCAGCGUCGUCCAGCACGAAAGUCCCCUCCUCUGAUCCCGCCGCCGGCCAGGCGUCAACCUCGUCCAACAGGAAAGUCGGCUCCGCUGGCGCAAACGAUGAGGACGGCGCUGACGCGGACGACCAUGGUGGCGACGAGGAGGACGAUGACGGCGAUGGCAGUGACGACGGAAACGGGGGCGCCAGCGGUACUGCAUGGCCUGCCGCCGGAUGGGGAGACGAGGAUGGCAAUGGCGCUGGCGCUGGCGACGAUGGAAACGGGGGCGCCGGCAGUAUUCCAGGCGGCGGCGAAGCUGUCGCACCUGCUUGGAAUGCCCCCAUCGGAUGGGACGACGACAUGUCCAACAUAUAUGACGCGAGUGACUAUAACCCGAACAAUAGGCCACCCGGAAACGUCACCGUCGGCAGCGCUGGGACAAGACGCAGCGGCGGCAUCGUUGACCCCCCGGCGGGCAGUGACCGCAUGGGCGGCUUUUUGGACUUUUUGGAAGCCGUCGGCCCCAGCAACCAACCGCCCGCCAUCAACAAUCCGACCGGGGAGAUCAGCCCGCCGCGGCCGGCAACGCGCCUACCGGAGCCACCCCGGGGGCGAGGCCGCCCCGCACCCCUAUACCAGCUGAGGAGGCUCGCCGGACCCAACGGCCCCGUCGCAGCACCCGCGCCGAGGCCCAUCUCGCUAUCCUCGGCCUUGUCCUCGUUGUCGGAACUGAGGCUCCCGCCGCCGCCGGCCGCCCCGCCCGGACCCCCGCCGCCGCCGCGCAUGUCUCCGCCACGCAUUUCUCUGCCGCCCAUCUCUCCGCUACGCAUAUCCCUACCUCGCAUCCCCCCGCCGCAGCAGCAGCAGCAGCGGCGGGGCAGCGCACGGUCGGGCAGCCGGGGUGCCAUCAGGAAGCCGACGGGCAGCCACAGCAACAGCAGCAGUGCCAAGAAGUUGGCGAGCAGUAAGAGCAGCUCCGCCGGUCGCAGCAGCAGCAGGCACACCUCGGCCAGCAGCGUCGAGAAGCUGGCGAGGAACAACAGCGACCCGCCGGGCGCGCCCCUGCUGGCGCCCCUGCCGCCGCCGCCGCCGCCCGUGCCGAGGCAGUACCUGGACCCGGCGCCAACGUCGGCCAUCUUCUCCUUCGCGGGCUGGCUGGGCGCCGUCGACGCCGAGGACGCGCUACAGAAGCAGCGGCGGCAGCAGCAGCAGCGGCAGAGGCCUUCACCGCAGAGGCCGCUCGGCGGCGGCAGCAGCAGCGACGGGCGCGUGCGCAAGGGCCCGAAGCUGCGCAGGCAGCCGGCCCUGCAGAACCUAAGGCGCGCGGCUGACGACGGUAGGCUGCGCAGACAGCCGGCCCUGCAUAACCUGAGGCGCGCGGCUGAUGGCGGUAGGCUGCGCAGGCAGCCGACCAUAUCGGACCUCCGGAGGGCCGCGGCGCUGGUGUCGCCGCAUGGGGGCCAACAGCAGCAGCGGCAACAGCUGCAGCCGCAGCAGCCGCAACCGCAGUCACAACAACAACCACAGCAACAGCAACAGCAACGACAGAGACGCCGUCGUGAUGUGCUUCGGGACAGGCUGGCGGGUCUGUUCGACUUUGCACGAAAGGACGGUGGCGGCCGUGCCCGGGGCCUGUUCAGGAGGUGGAACCGCCGCGACCGGGACGCCCAAGGCGGCGACCGUAUGGAUAUCGACUAG